AUAAUUUAAAGAUGGCGGAAAGUUUGUCAGAUAGCUUAUCUCGUCGAGGUUUGCCUUCUCUAAAGGAAAGUGACGUGUCUCCCUCGCCCUCUCCUCUCUCUUCAACCAAACUUUUUUUGGAUGUGGAAUUAGAGCAGCUAGCUGAUUUCAAUGGCGUCACUCUUGGAGUUUGUGCCAUGAACAAGAAGAGUUUCUCUGGUCCAAUGAACAGUAUAUUGACGCGUAUUGGUAGCCACGAACACGUUAGAGUGAUCAUAUUCACUGACAACACAAUCCUCUACAAACCAGUGGAGGAAUGGCCGUACUGCGAUGCUCUCAUUGCAUUUUAUUCUAAGGGUUUUCCGCUAGACAAGGCGUUGAGAUACGUUAAAUUAAAAUCACCGAAAAUGCUCGUGAAUGAUUUGGAGAUGCAGUAUGCCCUGAUGGAUAGACGUAAGGUAUAUGACAUUCUAGUUAAGAAUGGCAUUGAGGUCCCUCCUCAUGUUAUCUGUAAUCGUGACGGGAGUGAUAAAGGAUUAAAAAUAUCUGAAGUCGAUGAGGAUACUCUCGAAGUGAAUGGAGUAACGUUUCACAAACCUUUUGUUGAGAAACCCAUUUCUGCCGAAGAUCAUAAUAUUUAUAUUUACUUUCCCUCGGAUUAUGGAGGAGGCUGCCAGAGACUGUUUAGAAAAGUUAAAGAUCGUUCCAGUACCUAUUCUAACGAAAGCAAUGUCAGAAAGGAUGGUUCCUACAUUUAUGAAGACUUCAUGGCAACUGAUGGAACUGACGUGAAGGUGUAUACAGUUGGUCCUGAUUAUGCUCAUUCUGAGGCUAGGAAAUCACCAGCACUCGAUGGUCGUGUGGAUAGGGAUGACAGAGGCAAAGAAAAGAGAUUUCCUGUUUUACUCACGACGAAAGAAAAAGUGAUAGCAAGAAAAGUUUGCAUCGCCUUUAAGCAAACUGUGUGUGGUUUUGACCUGUUACGUUCCAAUGGUAACAGUUACGUGUGCGACGUGAACGGGUUUAGCUUUGUUAAGAACUCUGACAAGUAUUAUGAUGACUGCUCUCAGAUAAUACUUGAGAGUAUAUUAUCGAAAGUAGCCCCUCACUAUAUUCCUGAGAAUGAACCUUCGAUUGCUCAUUUAGCUCCAACAGUCCCUGUACCUAUCUUCUCCAGGGGACGGUGUGAGCUAAGGUGUGUCAUUGGCGUUAUAAGACAUGCUGAUCGGACUCCAAAGCAGAAGAUGAAGAUGAUUGUGAGACACCAUUACUUCUUCAGUCUGUUUGAAGAACUGGGCGGAUACAAAAAGCAACAGAUAAAGAUAAAGAAACCAAAAGAAUUACAAAAAGUUCUUGAUAUAGUUCGUAAGUUAAUUAAUGAAGGAGAAGAUGAUGAAAUAUUUUUUAAUAAAUUGCAACAAUUAAAGACAGUCUUAGAAAUGUAUGAUCAUUUUUCUGGUAUCAACAGAAAAGUUCAAUUCAAACUAAUUCACAAAGACAUUAACAAUACGCCACUAGAAAGUCCUGCAUUAUUAUUAAUAGCUAAGUGGGGCGGUGAGGUUACUCCAGCUGGUGAGAGGGUUGCCGAGGAGUUGGGUAAGGCAUUUCGCUGCAUGUAUCCUGGAGGAGAAGGAGAGUAUUCAUUACUACCAGGAUCAGGGUUCCUCAGACUCCACAGCACUUACAGACACGACCUAAAGGUGUAUGCUUCUGACGAGGGGCGUGUCCAAUUAUCGGCAGCUGCAUUUACAAAAGGGCUGCUUGAUUUAGAGGGUAACAUGGCGUCGAUAUUAGCCCACCUGGUAAAGAUGGACCAGAAUACAACGGACAUGCUUGACACAUCCUCUGACGCCGCUGAAUCACUGAACAGGGUCAAGCAGGAUUUGCAUCAAAUGCUCCAGUCAACUCGUGAUUUUGAUGCAGAAGCAAUAAAGAAUUUAGCUCCUACUCUAUCUCCUCCAUUACUAGCUGCUAUUAAAGAAGUUAAGAAUCCUCACAAAACCUGCCGGACGAUACAGGAAAAUUUAAGAACCUUAGUCAUGAGUUUUGAAGACAUUGCCAGGAAAAAAUCAGACCUGCAACUGUAUCAUGGAGAGUCCAUCAAGUUAGCGAUCAGUCGUUGGAAGAAACUUGAAAAGGAUUUUGUGUUAAGUAACGGAAAGUUUGACAUCAGUAAAAUACCUGAUAUAUACGAUUGUAUAAAAUAUGAUCUACAACACAAUAGGAUAUUAGAGUUAUCUGAUGGUGUUUCACUGUACAAAGCAGUUUCUAAUCUCGCUGAUAUUGUCAUACCAUUAGAGUAUGGUAUUACAAUUGAAGAUAAAAUCAGUAUAAGUAAAAUAGUCUGCAGACACCUAUUAAAGAAGAUCAGGGCUGAUCUAAGCCACACCUACAACAUUGGAUCAGACUUUAUACAUAGACUAGACCCAAAGAAGUCAAAAGGUGUCAUUAGUCCUGAUAGAUGUGUCAGGACUAGGUUAUACUUUACCAGUGAGUCCCACAUCCAUUCUCUAGUCAACAUAUUGAAAUAUGGCGGCAUCCCAAUACCAGAAGAGAAUUAUGGAAAGCUACACGAUCCACCUGAACUGAAUUACUUGUCUCAAGUCGUCUUUAUGGUAUUUGAGAACAAGACUGAGCCAAUCGACAGUUACAGAUACCGAGUGGAGGUUCACUUUAGUCCGGGGGUCAAGUCAAGAAAGAGACUUUUGAAAGGAGAGCCAAUAUCGGAAAAUGUGUCGCUCACGAAAUUAAAGAAGAUGCCACUAGUCGAUACACCGUCGACAGGAGGAGGAGGUAACAACUCGCAGCCUCUUCGGAGGAGAAGCGCUCAAUCAUCAUCAGCUGCUGCUGGAGCCACAUGGGCCCUCCCGAAUUUAUACAUAACAAAAUCACCCGAUGAUGAUACACUGGGUCUGAGGAAGGAGAGAUUGAGAAAGUUUGUACAGGAUGGUCCAGAUGGUCAUAGGAGAAGUUCUCUAGAAGGAUACAAAUAUAGUCCGCCCAAUUCUGAUAGUUUGGUCUCUGUUCUAGAGCCAUUGAGUUACAUAACUUCAAUGGACUUACACCAGAUGGAGAAAGGCCUUGCUAAACUAUGUGUUGACUUUUAAUUAUUAUAAAUUAUAUAUCAUCUAUUAUUAUUAUUAUUAUUAUUAUUAUUAUUAUUAUUAUUAUU